GCGUGCGAUCAGUGUUGACUGUUGAGUCUAGCCGUAGCACCUGUCAAGUGAAGGCGUUCAGUUGACAUGUGUAUUCUGUUAUUGCGAAUGUGUGGCAAAUGUAUAACUUUACCGAUCCGUCACUGUUACCAGAUGUUUCCUGCAAUGCAAUAUGCAGUGAAGGUUAUGAAGUAACUAAUUUAACAUCAUCAGAUGCACAGGAAAGGCGAAGAGGCUUUAUGGUUUAUAAUGCUGUAAAACCACCGGUUGAAAUAACUUUGCAGUUCAUAUGCAAAAUUAAUUUGAGUCAUAUUUGUAUAUGGCCGACAGUCGGCAACCAAAAGUCGUGUGGGUUUGAAAUAGAGAUAAAAGACAGCUAUGGAAAAGGAGUCGAUGAAUUUGUCACAACAGGAAAGCGCAGCUUCGGCGUAGAACCUGGCAUAGUGUUUUUUAGAAGGGACUGUCGUGAUAAUGAAUUAUCAGUUCCAGCGCAGUUUGUUAAACAUCCUUUGAUAAACAAACAGAACGCACUUUCCAAUUCAGACUGCUUGAAAAUCAAGAUCUAUAAAACGUAUAACUCAACUCUUGCAGCAUUGGGACGCAUUGAAGUGUGGGGAACGGUCAGCGGUUCGUGUAGUCAGUCGACAAAAGAAACAGUCAGGAAAUUGUAUAGCAAACGGACAGACAGGAAACGUACCGAAAUUUCAGGAAGUUGUGUGAAUUUGUGCAAAUUACAAGGUGAAAAACAUCACGCAGUCCCUGCAGACGCAAGUGGAUUAGUCAUACCAGACGAUUUUAAGGACGCAAUUACGUUAGACAUAAUGAGUGUUCCAAUGAUUUUACCAAGUGGAAAAGUUGUGGAUCAAAGCACACUAGAAAAGCAUGAAAUGCAUGAAGCCAGAUGGGGCCGCCCACCAAGUGACCCUUUCACUGGAAAACUGUUUUCCAAUAACAGUCAUCCAGUUUUAGCUCCAGCAUUAAAAGCAAGAAUUGACAAAUUUCUUAUAGAUAAUGCACAUUGCCAGGAACUAUUUACAGUAGCUCGUACCAGUGGAAGACGGGAGACACACAGUUUAAGUCAAAGUGCAUGUGCAGUUACUAACAAGGACACUGUUGCAGUUUCAGCAAUCAACACUGCUGCUGUUUAUUUACCAACCAGUUCUAAUGAUUCCACCUUUAAGGUCUGUUCUGAAAAAUCUGAUAGCAGCAAACAUGAUAAAACUGAUAGGCCUACCAACAACACAUCUAUCACCAUUUGCAGCGAAAAUUUUUUAAAAACACAGAAAAAUAAUGAGGAGGGACAGAAGAAGGGGGAAGGAAAAGGAAGUGUGUCAUUUGAUGAGAUUUUGGAAUCAAAAUUAAAUGUGGCUGUGAAGUUAGCAUUAGCGAAUCGUCCAUCAUUUGUAAAUUGUGAUAAGCCUGCGAAACGUACAAAAACUGCAUGCAGUGAUUGUGAUGGAAUCCAGCUUCUAUACAUUUUGUCUUGUAAGCAUUUGUUUUGCAGGCAUUGUCUUUUUAAAAAAGCAGCACAAAAAACUAUGAUAUGCUCCAUUUGCAAAUUUCAUUAUACACAUACUGAUCCAUGCAGAUAUCAUGUAACAUGAACUGUUUAUUUUGUUAUUAAAUUUGUAUUCAUGAAUUACAGCAUUUGUUUUCUGCCAGUAUGAUGAUAAUUUAACCUUUGAUAUUUUACUUGAACCUCGAGGUAAGUCACGUUUAGUGUUUAAUGUGUAGUUGUGUAAUAGAUUAUGUGGCAUUAAAUCUCUACUAUUUGGUUGAAAGUACACAAAUUGCAUAACUGUGUAAAUGGUGUAAGGAUUUGUCUUUCACAUUUAACAGUAUUAUUUUUGGCCUGAAAAUAUACGGUUGUGCUUCGCUAGAAAUUGUUUUUUGUGAACCCUUGUACGAUUAAGGAACUUUUGGGAUGGGAAACUACAAUAAAACAUUAGCAGAGAGGAGAAACUAUAUCAAAUGAUUGUGAAUGCUUCAUGAAAUACAAUGUUUAAUUGCUAACAGUCUAUCUGUAAUCCAUGUGCCAUUACGUCAUACUCCGUGGGCCUGGUUGUGGCCCAUAACCAUGAUGUAACCCAGGACAGAAAGAUGGUCAGUGUUGUUUGUAAUAUCAUCUGUCAUUUUUUUAUUGCAGAUCUAGAUUUCAGCUAACAGUGCCGCUAUCAUCAGUGACUCAACGUAAUUAUAACAACACACAUUCCAAUGUAACUGAGGCAUGUACAAGCAUUAAUUGACUUUCUGCCCAUGCAGCAUUGGUUGGCAUAGGCUAUAUGAUUUAAUCUGAUCAUCAUGUUAUAUGGCUUCAAGCUAACUGAUUAUUCAAUAUAAAUAAUUUCUACGAUUUUGCAUGAACUAGUUUUUCACAUUGGUAAUUGGGCAAUAGCAAGGAGAAUUUCAAAAUGUUAUUGUGUAAGUAAUUCUGUACAUAUUAGCAAAAUAUAUAACAACUUGUUACAAAAACUUGCAUGGUAGCUACUCCUGCAAACAAAUUUGUGAAUUGUAAUUGUUAUACGCAGAACUUGAGAAGCUUUUGGUUUCUCUCAGACUGUAACCAUCACAAUAUCUGAUAAUUUACUUCUAAAUCCAUCAGAUAAAUGUAAAAACCAUAGUCAGUUAAGCAUCUGAUUGUGAUGGUUAAAUGGUAGCAAUAAAGCAUCCCCAUAC